UAGACUACAUUUUUUAUUCAAACCAACUCCAUACUCUUUUCCUUUCCCAUUUGCUACGACACAACAUAUGGACUUUUAAGAAACAUCACAAUUUCUAUAUUCUAUAUUCCUGUGGAAUAAUCAAUGGAUUGUAUGUUGGCACUGACAAGUCUACUCUCUACCGACAACUCAGGAGAUUCCUAAUGAAAUGAAAGCCUUUGCACACAACCUCUCAUUUCCAUCAGUGUUAUCCUUCUCAGGGUUUUCGCUGCUUCUUCGCCGGCUCUGUCAUUAUACACACGUCACUCUGUGCUGUGCCUCUGUGCUGGCGAUGCAGGAUGUAAAAUGAUCCUGCUUCUCACGAUGUCUGAGACUUUGUGAGACUGAAGGUCGGCAGGUAUAUCGGGAAAUGAGUUUUACUCUGUCCGUACUGCUGCUUCAGUUACUGUCCGUCACCCACUCAGAUGUCAUCCAAAAAUACACUUUGAGGAGUGGUUCUAUUGAACUCAUUGGACAGGUCCCAAAUGUGCUUGUUGAGUCAGUCAUGUGGACACGCAACAAAGACAAAGUUGCAGAUUGGGAUAAGGGAGACAUGACGCCAACAUAUUAUCCUACAUUAGAUAAGACUGAACUCAACAUGGACACAUGGGCUCUGACCCUCUCUGACCUGCAGCCUACAUGUAAUGGUCAAUAUGCACUUCAGAUCAAUGGUAUAGAAACAGCCAAGUCUUUUCAACUGAUUGUACUAGAAUCUGUUCCUGGGCCAAACAUCAGCACAAACUGUGACCAGAGGAGCUGCAACUUGACCUGUCAAGGAGCAGGUAUUGAUCACACUGAGUACAGCUGGACUGAUAACCAAGGGAGAAACGAGAGAGGAUCUGUGCUGAAGGUGGAGAAGACUAAGGGACUCGACAGGGUCUACACCUGCAACUUCAGCAAUCCAGUGAGCUGGAAUACAAGCAGCGUCAGAGAGAGAGAGCUGUUCCCUCCAGAAGAUGCUAACCUGUACAUUAUCCUGGGAUCUAUGGGCGGGGCUGUCCUCAUAGCUGCAGCUAUUGGAAUUGGAAUUGCAGUGUACAUCAAAAAGAGAAAAGUGCCGGAUGGAGAAGAGCAGGGUGGACAAGUGCCGGGUGGAAAAGAGCCAGGACCAGCAGAUGAAGCGAAUGGAGAGGAUGAAAACAGGAGGUUCCUGCCAUCACAACAGCCAUUACAACAACAGGCACUGCAACAACAAGGAAUUCAAAUGUCACGAAUUGAAAGUACCGAUGCUGUAUGUGAGAUGAACGCAAUGGCAUAAAAGAGCCAGAUCCAUUGAGGGCCAUUACCCAAUAUUUAAGUACCGGUACUGUUACGUAUCAAAGACUUGACCCACGUUUUUGAAGUACUGCAGUGGUGUGACAUCCGAGCAGCCACAAAAAUAUUUUGUCCUGUGAUUUGUCCUGCUUUGUUGAACAAUACCAAAGGUGCUAUUUCUGUCAGAACUGGAUUUAUUGUCACACUAGCUGUGGAUGCAUGAAAGAUAGAUCUUCUCAUGAAAUACACACACUAUACACUUUUCUAAAAUCGCUAGAUUUGUGCCCAUGUGACUUUUACCUCUUGUAAACUCUUAAUAGGGAGAUUCCUAAAUGAUUUCAUGAUUGUGUGUAUUCUAGGGCAAAUAUAAUGGGAUGACAAUUAAACGAUAAUGCAACGAUGCCCAAACUCUUUGUUAGGAAGGGUCAGUGUUUACAUGAUGCAAAUGCUGCUGUCAUCACAUUAAUGAAGAAUGAUUUAGACUAUAUGUUUGUGUGACACGUAGGGGUUUUAUUUCUUAAAGAGUGCUAUAUACAUGUUUAAAAUUUAAGAUUGUUUAAAUGUGUACACUUGUAAGUUAUCCAGUAUGUAUCAUUUUAUUGUAUAUUCUUUUAUUUUGACAUGGUUUUCUUUUAUCCUUCCAGCAUUUGAUUGAAAGAUUAAAUCUAUCCAUCUAUAUCUAA